AUGAUCCCCGCCCCUGACGCGUCCUCAGUCGAUUUUGCCCCGGCCCCGGAUCCCGCGCAGCCCUCCGCGGUCGCCAUCGAUGGCCACACCGUCUGCGCCUAUCACACCCUCCCCCGCAGCCUGCAGCUCGUCGUCUCUGCCAUUGGGACGCCUUACGAGAAUGCCGCGGACCACGUACCGACGUACCGCCUCCUCGAGCUCCUCCCUUCGUCCGCCGUCGGCGGCGCGUCCUCCGCGCUCUCCGUCCCUGAUCUCUGGGCCGCCAUCUACGCCCUCCACACACUCUUUCACACCCAGGAAACCAUCCCCGUCGUCUUUUCGUCUGCGUUCACAAAUGCGCCCGAGCUUUCUGCCUACCUCCUCAACUCUGGUCUCGCGCGCAAGCGCCACACCCUACCCGGAGACGCGUCCGGCGCGUCCGAGCCCGAGCACUUCCUCCUCCGCGAUACCUUCUGGGCCGGCGCAGGCAUCGCUGGCUACCACACCCGCGGCUGGCUUCGCGGAUCCUUCGCGCGCCGCGCAGAGACCGGCCCCUUCCCGUGCACCGAGUCGUUCACCCGCACCCCGCUCGUGAUCGCCUCGCACCCCCUGCGCCCACCGAAGCCGCCUCAGGGCGAGGUCAUCUACGCCAACUACAUCCCCUCCAUCGGCCAGACGCUCACCGUCACCUCCUUCGACCUCGACGGCGUCGCGACGGGCUGCGAGCCGGACGGGACCUCCGUCCACCUCGCGACCUUCCACCGCUGGCACAACUCGGACCACGUCCACCGCGGUUGGGGCGAGCGCGGCCCGCUCGAGAAGCACCGCGCAUACGUGCGCGAGCUCGUGAACCACCCCGGCGUGCUCCCCGUCAUGAUGAGCUGGGAUGGGGAGCUCAUGGGCUAUGCCGAGAUCGUGUACGUUAAGGAGAACCAUGUGGGCGCGUACGUACUGGGCGGUGCCUGGGACUACGAUCGCGGCCUGCACGUCCUCCUCGGCGACCUCAAGUUCCGCGGGCGCCACAGAUCUCGCGCGUGGUACUCGUCCCUCCAGCACUUGUCCUUCUUGGAUGAGCCCCGCACGCUCCGCAUCGUGGGCGAGCCCAAGGAGUCGAACCAGUCCAUGGUCGACGUCUGCACGGCGACGAACCUGCACGUGAACCACGUGUUCGAUUUCCCGUACAAGCGGUCAUCGAUGGUGUAUAUGCCGCGUGAACGUUUCCAGCGGCAGGACUUCCUGGGAAUGAUUGCCGGCCUCGUCGGGCAAGAUGCCCCCAAGUCCGAGCGCACGCAGGCGAAGCUGUAA